UAAAUAAAGACCACAGUACAGUAUAGUAAUAAUCUUUAUACUGUGCAAAGACCUUUAAAUCAUAAGAUAAAAUAAUUUUGUCUAUGUAACGAACUGGGCGUAAACAAUUAUUGCAGUUAAAGCUCAGUAUAUAAAGUAUGGCAACAAUAUUUAAAAAAAUACAAAUGUUUGAAAACAUUACAAAAUUAACUAGCAGACAAUUCUUACAAUUUUCAGUUCGAAAUUAUAGACAUAGAAGAGCCCUUAUGUAUGUACCUGGAAGUGAUGAGAGAAAAAUUAACAAAAUAGCAUCUCUUAAUGCUGACUGUGUUGCAUUAGAUUGCGAAGACGGGGUUGCUUUAAACAAAAAGGAUGAAGCUAGAGAUAUAAUUAGAAAGAAAUUAGAACACAUUAUUCCUACAGCUAAUGGUGAUAUUGGAGUAAGAGUAAAUUCAAUUGAAAGUGGCUUAUGUGAAAAAGAUCUGGAAGUAUGUUUAUCUGGAACACAUUUGCCCCACACUGUACUAUUACCUAAGGUGGAGAAUAGUGAUCAUCUAAAAUGGUUUUCAGAUAGAAUUAAUAAAUUUAUUAAGACUGAUCAAAAAGUAAACCUUAUUAUAUACAUAGAAUCUGCUAAGGCUUUUAUAAAUUUAUCUGAUAUAUGCAAGACUGCUUUUACAUUAUCCGAAUGUAACAAAUUUACUCCUACUAGUUUGGUAUUUGGAAGCGAUGACUUCUGUGCAAGUAUUGGUGCUACUAGGACAGAAGAUUCCACAGAAAUUCUAUAUGCUAGGCAAAAAUUAGUUUUAUGUGCAAAGGCAUUUCAUUUACAAGCAAUUGAUAUGGUAUAUAUUAAAUAUAAAGAUUUGGAAGGUUUAAAACGUCAGUGUGAGGAAGGUAUGAGAAUGGGAUAUACUGGCAAGCAAGUUAUUCAUCCAAAUCAAAUAGAAACAGUUCAAGAGUCAUUUUUGCCUGCCCUAGCAACUGUAGAAUGGGCAAAGGGACUUUUAGAUGCAUUUGAAGAACAUCAAGCUACUGGAAAAGGAGCCUUUAAUUACAGAGGAAGUAUGAUCGAUAUGCCUACCAUGAAACAGGCCAAAAAUAUUAUAGAUAUUGUUAAACCUGUUAAGAAAAAAUCUACUUAGUAGUCAACAAUGUAUUUUACACUUUUUAAAGAUAAUAUAAUAUUUUAUGUAGUUUGUAAGAAACAAAAAGUUAGUUUUAAAUAAACGUAAAUUAU